AUGAAGUUUCCUUCAAAAAGGACCAGCUACAACGUAGAUGAAGCAGACAUCAGGAAAUUGCCCCAGAGACCGGCGAAAUCUUUACAUCAAGAAGCUCUACAGUUGUUAAAACAACCUGAAGUCACCAGAAAAGAGACAAGGAACGAUUCCGAUUUAGAUACAAGUAGGUCAACAUCAGAAUCCGAAUCGAAUGUUUCGAACAUUGAAGAUGACGUACAAGAUUUUUGUUACUAUAAGUAAAUAACAGAUAUUCAUUUUGCUGCAAAUUGUUUAUAAAAAAA